ACAAGCGCAAAACGUGAAGGUUUGUGUCGCUCCAUGAGGACGAGAUGUGGUUUCCGUGGCGACGGGAGCACUUUCACGCAAGGGUUAAGUUUAAAAAUCAAAGAUGCCAACACACUCGACAUCGCCCACUAGCGGCUGGUGUUUCUAUGGCAACCAUCACCGACCAAUGAUCCAAAAGUGGGCCGUCUUUGGACUGGCAUGCGGCCUGAUAACAGCAAGGUCGCCCGGCGCAGAUAAACUCGCGCACGCGACCUCUGACCCGCGCAAGGUUGUUCCAGACCUCCGACUUUAAAAGGAGAGCCACUUCGCGUCCGUCUCCAGUCCCUCGCCAUGGCGGCGUCCGUCUUUCCCGCGAUCGCCUCGUCACUCCCGCCGGUGUUCCUUGUCCUUGCCGCACUUUUCGCCUUGGCGGCCUUUGCUCAGCGCUCCAGCGGGAUGCCCGGCCUGCCCCGUCUGCCCGUGGUGGGCAGCCUACCUUGGAUGGGAAGUGCCACCCCCCCGCAUUUGCUCUUCACACAGUUGGGCCACAGGUACGGGCCGUUGUUUGAGCUCUACCUCGGGCCUCGUCGCACCGUGGUGGUCAACGCCCUCGCGGACGCCAAAGAAGUUCUGCUGCAGCGCGGGCGUGACUUCGCCGGACGUCCAAGCAUGGUGACCACCGAUCUGCUGACCCGAGGUGGGAAAGACAUCGCCUUCUCUGACUACUCACCGCUGUGGAAGCUUCACCGUCGCCUGGUGCACACUUCCUUCACUCUCUUCGGAGAAGGAAGCAGUCGCCUACAGGACAUUGUUCUGUCCGAGGUGGACGGCCUGUGCGCGGAGCUGCUUUGCGGCGACAGACGCGGCUUCGACCCGUCGCCGGCGGUGACCACGGCCGUCACCAACGUGGUUUGCACGCUGGUGUUUGGCUCCACCUACAGACACGGUGACGGGGAGCUGGAGGAGGUAAUGCGCUACAACGACGGCAUUGUGCGGACGAUCACCAGGGGAGGACUGGUUGAUAUCUUCUCCUGGAUGAAGGUGUUCCCCAACACGUCGCUGAGCGAGCUACGGGCGUGCAUUGCCGUGCGAGACCGCCUCCUCGCUCAAAAACUGCGUGAACACAAGGAGGUGCUGAGUGAAGGUGACCCCCGAGAUCUCCUGGAGGCCUUACUGAAAGGUCAAGGUUCUCCUGGGCCCGACGGGGCGGCCAUUACAGAUGACCACGUGCUGAUGACGGCGGCGGAGGCCUUUGGCGCUGGCGUGGAGACCACAUCCACGACACUGCUCUGGAUUCUGGCCUACCUACUGCACCACCCCGAGGUCCAGGAGCGUGCACAGAAGGAGCUCGACGAAGAGGUGGGCGGGCGAGCGGUGUGCGCAGCAGACCGCGGAAGGCUCCCAUAUCUGGACAGCAUCAUCAAUGAGGGAAUGCGGAUCCGACCGGUGAGCCCGGUGCUGAUCCCGCACACCGCCAUGAUCGACAGCAGAAUCGGAUGUCACACAAUCAGCCGUGGGACUCGAGUCUUGGUCAACAUGUGGGCCAUCCAUCACCACCCUGACCACUGGGACCGACCGGAUCUCUUCAUGCCAGAUCGCUUCCUUGAUGACCAGGGUCGGCGGGUCACACCGCCCUGCUUCCUGCCGUUUGGGGCGGGGCCUCGCAUCUGUGUGGGGGAAUCGCUGGCCAGAUUGGAGCUCUUCCUUUUCCUGUCCUCCAUGCUACAGCGAAUGAGCUUUAUGCUGCCGGACGGUGCUCCCCCUCCUAAUCUGCAGGGGCGUUUAGGUGUGGUCUUGCAGCCGCUACCUUAUAAAGUCGCCGUCAGGUCAAGGGUGGGGUGGGAAAUUGGGGCUCAUGCUAAAUAGCCAGCUCGU